AUGUCAAUUUAUGUGCUUGAUGCUGUCAUCACAGAAGUAAAGGCUCCAGUUACACAACAGGAUCCUGAAGCAAACCUGCAAAUAUUUCCUCCUAACAGCAAUGCUGGUGGCAGGGGUUACCAGACUCUCACAGGCCCAAGUGAUGGAAAUGGACAACAAUCUGCCAACAGUUGGAAUGGAGCAUUCAGCAUCUCAUCCUACACACAAUACUUUAAUGUUGAUACAGAUGAUGUUGUGAACAGAUUAACAAGUUCUUUAUACCCCACUGGUGACUUUUUCAGGAAAAUUGAAGCUAACCCAGAUCUAUAUGGGCUCAUCUGGAUUGCUACCACAUUGGUGUUUGUGAUAGCUUCAGUGUCAGCCAUUGCAGUGUAUGGUUAUGCAUUUCUGGUCCCACUUGGUUUUUACUUGUUGCUUCAGUAUUUUGGUUCAAAAGUUGGGCUUGUUCAUUUGUGGUGCAUGUGGGGAUACUCUCUCUUCAUUUUCAUCCUCAGUUCUGUUUUGUUGGUUAUACCUGUGGAAUUUGUGAGAUGGAGCAUCACGAUCAUAACAGGUGUCGCGUCUGCAGCUUUUGUUGGUUUGAAUCUGAGGUCACAUGUGGAGUUGACUGAGUUGACCCUUGUGUUGGUUGCUGCAUGUGUGUUGCAGUUUGGUCUUGCUAUUUUUAUUAAGUCAUGGUUCUUUCAAUGA